UUUGGUCUCGCUUCAACUUUUUCCUGCGAUUCAAUUGAAUUCUACCCAUCCUCAUUGGCUCUUCUGCUUAAUCCACAACAGACCCCAAAAAUGCAGGGCGAUGAUGAUUCUCAUUCUCAGGCGCUGUCCAGGCGUAUCCUUUCGUUAUCUCUGCACCUCACACCUGUAUCUCGACCGCUCUUUGAUCCCCAACCCCAUCUGCAGAUGCUAACCUGCGCAAAGACCAAGCUUGACGUCGACCCUGCUGUUCUAUCCCAAUACGUGAGGCGUAAGCAUAGAGAUAUUCAGGAGAGGGUGCUGGAAUACUUCAAUUCUAGGCCCGAACUCCAAACCCCCUUGGAGAUUUCUAAAGAUGCCCACCGUGACCUCUGCAUGAGGCAACUUCUUGGCUUGGUCAGGGAGGCAGGAAUUAGGCCAUUCAGAUACGUGAUUGAAGACCCCUCGAAGUACUUUGCCAUUCUCGAAGCUGUCGGUUGCGUCGACAUGUCUCUUGGGAUAAAGAUGGGUGUGCAGUAUAGUCUCUGGGGAGGUUCUGUUCUCAAUCUGGGAACCAAGAAGCAUAAGGAUAAAUACUUCGACGGCAUUGACAAUUUGGACUACCCGGGUUGUUUUGCCAUGACCGAACUGCAUCACGGUUCAAAUGUGCAGGCCCUCCAAACAGUUGCCACUUUUGAUCCAAUCACAGAUGAAUUUGUCAUCGAAACCCCUACUGAUGGUGCCAUCAAAUGGUGGAUUGGCAAUGCUGCAGUUCAUGGAAAAUUUGCCACUGUUUUUGCGAGGCUGUUAUUACCAAGUUAUGAUUUGAAAGGUGUUUCUGAUAUGGGUGUGCAUGCGUUUAUCGUCCCUCUAAGAGAUGUGGAGACCCACAAAACACUUCCAGGAAUUGAGAUAAAUGAUUGUGGUCUUAAAAUUGGAUUAAAUGGUGUGGACAAUGGAGCAUUAAGAUUUCGUUCAGUAAGAAUACCUCGGGAUAAUCUUCUAAAUAGGUUUGGAGAUGUCUCUCGUGAUGGGAAGUACACUAGUAGCCUUCCUUCUGUAAAUAAGCGGUUUGCUGCAACAUUAGGGGAGCUUGUAGGUGGUAGGGUGGGGCUUUCAUAUUCUUCUGUUAGCGUCCUAAAGGUUGCUGCCACAAUUGCCAUCCGAUAUUCCUUACUUCGUCAACAAUUUGGACCUCUAAACCAGCCUGAAGUUAGCAUUCUUGAUUACCAAUCUCAACAACACAAGCUUAUGCCAAUGCUGGCUUCAGCUUAUGCAUUUCACUUCGCCACUGCAUAUUUAGUGGAUAGAUAUUCAGAAAUGAAGAAGUCUCAUGAUGAGGCAUUAGUUGGAGAUGUCCAUGCUCUUUCAGCAGGUCUUAAGGCUUAUGUGACAGCAUAUACGGCGAAGUCACUGAACACCUGCAGGGAAGCCUGUGGAGGCCAUGGUUAUGCUGCUGUAAAUCGAUUUGGUAGCUUGAGGAAUGAUCACGACAUUUUUCAGACAUUUGAAGGGGACAACACAGUUCUUCUUCAACAGGUUGCAGCUGAUCUAUUAAAACAAUACAAGCAAAAGUUUCAAGGUGGGACUUUUACAGUCACGUGGAAUUACUUGAAAGAAUCCAUGAACACAUAUCUCUCUCAGCCAAAUCCAGUAAUUGCUCGGUGGGAAGGAGAAGAGCAUUUACGAAAUCCUCAGUUCCAGUUGGAUGCUUUUAGAUACCGCACAUCGAGGUUGCUUCAAAGUGUUGCUGUACGACUUCGCAAGCAUUCUAAAACUCUUGGAAGCUUUGGUGCAUGGAAUAGAUGCUUAAAUCACCUUUUGACACUUGCAGAGUCACAUAUAGAGUCGGUCAUCCUAGCCAAAUUUAUUGAAUCCGUGCAGAGAUGUUCUGACCCGAGUUCCAAAGCAGCUCUUAAGCUUGUCUGUGAUCUUUAUGCACUGGAUAGAAUUUGGAACGAUAUUGGAACCUACCGUAACGUUGAUUAUGUGGCACCCAAUAAGGCUAAGGCAAUCCAGAAACUGACGGCAUAUCUGAGUUUCCAAGUGAGGAAUAUUGCAAGGGAACUUGUGAUUGCAUUUGAUCUCCCGGAUCAUGUUACACGGGCCCCUAUUGCCAUGCAGUCGGCUUACUCAGAGUACACACAAUACGUGGGAUUUUAAUAAACUUGUGGGGAUACACUUGAAAUGGAAAAAUUUAAAUGCUAAAAGAUUUGUUAAUGUCAAGUACAGAUAGAGAAACACGAAAAUUUAGCUCAAAAAAGUAUGGUUGUUGGAGGUGGACAAAACUGGCAGGUACUGGUGAAGCGUUACGAAUACUUUGUACAAAAAAUGAGUCUUCAGGUUGCGAGACUUGUUGGUGUUGGUUUAUGUUUUACAAUUUUACUCGGUACAAUUUAUUUUCUUGGACCCCCUGUGCUAUUUAUGUACUCUUCAGUAAUGCUUACUUUGGCCAACUUCAAACUUGCCUUAUUAAGUGAUCAAUCAUAAAGAAAAUGCGAGAUAUUAUCAUUUCUUAA